UAUUCGUCCAUCUCAAUUUUUCCGACAGCACUUGAAGGCAGCAUCAGGAGCUCAUCUGUUGGACAGGGAAACUAAUCAGGAGCCAAGUGAAGACUUUUCAGUGCUGCUAGCUCCCAGGCUAGCAAGCUAUCAGAGUCAGUCGUCCAGUCGAAUAAGGAGGAGUACAGACUUUGUUUAUAAAGUACAGUGUCUCUUCUGUACAGUACACAACACUCAAACUAUGUUUUAGAAACACCGUUUUGUUGCGCUAAAGUAGCAAGGCAGACAGGCAGCCUCUGGCCAGCUGAAACUUGCGGCUAGCUCAUUAACUUUAGCUGGGAAAGAAGUGGAGGCAAGAAAAUGGAGCUGGACGACGUAGUCCUGUAUCAGGAUGACUCGGGAAACUCCACCAUGAUGUCCGAGCGGGUCUCAGGUCUGGCCAGUUCAAUAUACCGAGAGUUUGAACGGCUUAUCGAGAGAUACGGGGAGGACGUAGUGAAGGAGCUGAUGCCGCUGGUGGUCGCCGUGCUGGAGAACUUGGACUCGGUGUUCGCUGUCAACCAGGAGCAAGAAGUGGAGCUGGAGCUGCUGAAGGAGGACAACGAGCAGCUUGUCACCCAGUACGAGCGAGAGAAGGCGCUGAGAAAACACACAGAGGAGAGGUACAUCGUCUUAGAAGACUCCCAGGACGGCGAGAAGAAAGAUCUGCAGAGUCGACUGGUGAUGCUGGAGGCACACUCCCGUCAGCUGGAGCGCAAAACUAAAAACUAUGCCGAUCAGAUUAUCAGAUGUGACGAGAGAGAAGCAGACCUCAAGAAGGAGUACAACACGCUUCAUCAGAGACACACUGAGAUGAUCCACAGCUACAUGGAGCACCUGGAGCGAACGAAACACCAGCAUGCAGUCGCACAUGAGCCCUCAGAUACAGGGACAUCAGCCAGAACACGAAAGGAGCGUCCCAUCUCCAUGGGCAUAUUCCAACUUCCCGGAGCUGAUGGUGUGACCCCUGAGCUCCACAAGGAACCCGUUGAAACCCCUUCAGAACCAUGGAGAUUCAACAACCUUAGCCAUCCGCGCUCUAAUACCAGUCUCCAGGAUGAAUUGGCCGGUUCCAGCUCCAAGUCCGGUACGCCAACCAACCAGGGAAGGGUCUCCAAAACUGGAACUACUUUACAAAGUGAAGGGUCUCAGGGUGGUGCCUCUAAAUCAAACACAUCUUCACACAGUGCUAACUCUCAGUCAACCACACAACAGUCUCCUCAUGACGGAGUGUCUACCGGAAUGAGUCCAUUGACAUCUGGAUCACCCCUGUCCCCUGCUGCUUCCAAUGUUUCCAUGGAGUCAGAGGAAGUUUCUGACGUGCUCAACAAGAACCUGGACAGGAGCAGAGGAAAACCAGAGAGCAGUAAGAGCAUUGCAGCCGUGCAGGAAGGACAGCAGGGUCAGCCUGGACAUGACGCCUCUACACCCCUCAAAGCUGAUGAUGGAGCGGAGAAUGUGGAGAAAUCUGAGGUUCAGGCCAUCAUAGAGUCCACUCCAGAGCUGGACAUGGGUCUCGAAGGCUGCAUAGGAACGAGCACACCAACUAAAGGUCGGAUAGAGAAUCUGGCGUUUGACCGUAACACAGACUCUCUGUUUGAGGAGCUGUCGUCUGCAGGGAACGACAUGAUAGCAGACGUGGAUGAAGGAGCCGACAUGCUGGGUAUGGGUCGGGAAGUGGAACAUCUUAUCCAUGAGAACACCCAGCUGCUGGAGACCAAAAAUGCUCUGAACGUGGUGAAAAAUGACCUCAUAGCACAGAUGGAUGAUCUGACCUGUGAGAAGGAGGUUCUGCGGGGGGAGCUGGAGACCGUCACUCAGGCCAAGACCAAACUGGAGGACAAGAACAAAGAAUUAGAAGAGGAAAUCAAGAAGAUUCGGGCAGAGCUUGAGGAGUCCAAACAGAAGGUCAAAAACGACAAUGAGGAGGACCAGAGCGAUGUGCCUACAGCCCAGAGGAAGCGCUUCACCAGGGUGGAGAUGGCCAGGGUCCUGAUGGAGAGGAACCAGUACAAGGAGAGGCUGAUGGAGCUGCAGGAGGCGGUCAGGUGGACCGAGAUGAUCCGGGCUUCAAAGGACAACCCCACUCUUCCAGAGAAGAAGAAAUCCAGCCUCUGGCAGUUGAUUUUCAGCCGUUUGUUCAGCUCGUCGGGCCCAGCGGCCAAGAGGCCGGCGUCCGAGUCCCCGGUGAACGUCAAGUACAACGCACCCACCUCCCAGAUUCAGCCGUCGGUGAAGAAGAGGAGCACCACCUUGCAGCAGCUCCCCAGUGACAAGAGCAAAGCCUUUGAUUUCCUCAAUGAGGAAGUGGCAGCGGACAACGUGGUGUCCCGGCGGGAGCAGAAGCGGGCUCAGUACCAGCAGGUGAAGGCUCACGUCCAGAAGGAGGACGGCAGAGUGCAGGCCUACGGCUGGAGUCUGCCCAAGAAGUACAAAGCGAACGGUGGUCAGGUGGAGAGUAAGAUGAAGAAUCUCCCUGUUCCUGUCUUCCUCAGACCAGUGGAUGAGAAAGAUGCUUCUAUGAAGCUGUGGUGCGCUGCCGGUGUGAACCUCUCCGGAGGUAAAACCAGAGACGGAGGCUCCAUCGUAGGAGCCAGCGUUUUCUACAGCGACGUGCCUGGACCAGAGAGCCCUAAAAGGAGGAUAGGGUCUCAGAGCAGCCUGGAUAAACUGGACCAAGAACUCAUGGAUCAGCAGAAGGAGUUGCAGCACCACGAUGAGAUGUCGUCGCUGGUCUGGAUCUGUACCAGCACGGAGUCCACCACCAAAGUCGUUGUCAUUGACGCCAACCAGGCCGGAAACAUCCUGGAGAGCUUCUUCGUGUGUGACUCCCACGUCCUCUGCAUCGCCAGCGUUCCAGGUGCAAGAGAGACAGACUACCCAGCCGGUGAGGAAGUAGUUCCAAACUCUGAGACAGAACCAGUGGCAAACGUCUGCUCACAAUCAACAGCGAGCAGCUCAACUGAGGGAGAAGACGUGCUCGGAGGCAUCACUGUGGUGGGCUGUGAGGUGGAGGGGGCAACAGCUGUUCCUCAGAGAGCAGGCAGUCCAGGAGAGGACGGAGAGACCGGUCAGAGACAUUUACUCUUACAUCCCUUUCCUGCCUAACAUUAGCAUGCACAUCUCGGUGAUCAGAGCCAGUGUUUAACAAGCUUCGGAGAUGUACUUUUAAAAUAAUGAUAAGGAAAGAAACAACAUUUUAAAGAAGAA